AAGGAAACACCGCUCUACACGACUGCGCAGAAUCGGGGAGCCUGGAGAUCAUGAAGAUGCUGCUGAAGUUCGGCGCCAGCAUGGAGAAGGACGGCUACGGGAUGACGCCGCUGCUGUCGGCCAGCGUGACGGGUCACACCAACAUCGUGGACUUCCUGACGGCGCACCCGCAGACGGGCCUGGCGGAGCGCAUCAGUGCGCUGGAGCUGCUGGGAGCCACGUUUGUGGACAAGAAGCGUGACCUGCUGGGGGCGCUGCAGUACUGGAAGCGGGCGAUGGAGCUGCGGCACAGCGAGGCCGACUGCAUGCGGAGGGAGGAGCCGCUGGAGCCGGAGCCGGCGUACGACUGCAGCCGCGAGGUGUCGACGGCGGAGGAGCUGGACGGGCUGAUCGCAGACCCCGAUGACAUGCGCAUGCAGGCGCUGCUGAUCCGCGAGCGCAUCCUGGGCCCCGCCCACCCCGACACCUCCUACUACAUCCGCUACCGCGGCGCCGUCUACGCCGACUCGGGGAACUUCGAGCGCUGCAUCCGGCUGUGGAAGUACGCGCUGGACAUGCAGCAGAGCAACCUGGAGCCGCUGAGCCCCAUGACCGCCAGCAGCCUGCUGUCCUUCGCCGAGCUCUUCUCCUUCAUGCUGCAGGACCGAGCCAAAGGCCUGCUGGGCGCCGGCGUGUCCUUCCAGCAGCUGAUGGAGAUCCUGUGCCGCAGCGUGCUGGAGAUCGAGCGCGCCGUCAAGCAGCCGCGGCCCAGCCCCGACCCCGACCCGGCGCAGCUCAGCAAGCUGCUGUCCAUCAUCCUGCACCUGAUCUGCCUGCUGGAGAAGCUGCCGUGCUCGCCGGAGCAGGACCAGCACAAGAAGGAGACCAUCUACCGCUUCCUGAAGCUGCAGGCCUGCGGGAGGAACGGCUUCAGCCCGCUGCACCUGGCCGUGGACCGCAACACCACCUGCGUGGGCCGCUACCCCGUCUGCAAGUUCCCGUCGCUGCAGGUGGCGUCGGUGCUGCUGGAGUGCGGAGCGGACGUCAACAGCCGAGACCUGGACGACAACAGCCCGCUGCACGUGGCGGCGUCCAACAACCACCCGGACAUCAUGAAGCUGCUGAUCUCCGGCGGGACGCACUUCGACAGCACCAACGCCCUGCAGCAGACGGCCUGCGACCUGCUGGACCACACGCAGCUGGCCAAGAGCCUGAUCCAGCCCAUCAACCACACCACGCUGCAGUGCCUGGCGGCCCGCGCCAUCAUCCGGCACCGGCUGGUGUACCGCGGGAGCAUCCCGGAGCGGCUGGAGGCGUUCGUGCUGCUGCACAGAUAGUGUGAGCUGCGUGUGUGUGUGUAUGUGUGUGUGUGUGUGUGUGCGUGCGCUCCUGCGUCUCCGUCUGCAGAUUCACCAUAAGUGCUUUACUCCUCUAUGCACAGCCGGAUCCGCGGGACUCUUGUGUGCGUCUGGACUCUGCUGUCGGCUGUUCCGGGUUUGUUUCCUGCUGUUUCUCUCCCGCUCCACACACUGACUGAGUCUGAGCUGUAACACACAGCCGACACUAAACGCAUGAGUUUACUGACCAGAACACGAGCAGCGCCACGUUACCGGGCUGAUUUUAGAUGAUGAUGAUGAUGAUGAUGAUGAAGAGUCGGGGAUCCUCCGCUCUCUGUAGUUUACGUUCAUCUCUGCAGUUUGAACUCAAGGGCUUCUGCUUCUCUACAGACACUAGUAGAUGACAGCGAUGUACAGUGAGGACUCGCACUUUAAUGCAGUGAACUUUCAUAUUGAUAUGAUGAUGAUGAUGAUGAUGAUGAUGAUGAUGAUAGCGUAACGCUUGCUGACGUCUAGAGCAUCAAUGACAAUAAACCUCUGUUGCACCUGA